CAYAAACACACCAUCUUUUUCUCGCUGCGUUAAGUUCCGUUGGGUGAGAAUAUUUAGGGCUACGUUGUUUCAGUUACUCGUCACCUGUGUUGAAUGAAAUAUUCUUUUAAUGACAAGUCAGUUGUUAAAGUAUUUCUAUAUUGAYUGGGAGAAUGGCGGUUCAAAGUUUCUCAGAAGCUCUGAUCAAAUCAUGUUCACGGCAGGUGCUCAAAAGACGAUACGAAUCAAUGUCUUCCAUAACAGAUCAAACCCUGAAAGCCUUGUUCUCAAAGACUGGAAAUGGAUUUCAACUCACUCCACUACAACAGACUCCCCGGACGCCUCAUGGGUAACGAUGAUGUCAUCUUUGAUGAACGAGAGGAGAUUCUUAGCCAAACCCAAUGUUGUGCUGUAUUUAGUGUCCAGUAACGACGCACGGUUCAUGGAGCUUAUAUCUCUAAUCAAAACAAAUACACAAGCAAACAUAGUAGCUGUAAACUCAGAGACUACUUCUAUCACAGACUACCUGGAYUAUGUGUGCAAUUUGUGUUUGAUAGUCUUUAAAGACAAUUUAGAGAAAGAAGCUCACGAUAGAGGAGUUCACUGGUUGCUAUGCAACAACCCAAAUUGCGAGAGAAGUAAAAAAGGUGACGGUUUUUUUGAUGAAUCGGAACUCAGAGAUCACAUUGYAAGGCAACRAAAAUGCGAUAUAUGUGACACUAGUUUGAUAUUCUGUAGUCACAGCAAACGAGAUGAGCACAUGCGCAAUGUUCAUAUCCGCAGGACAAACGCAGCCCGUAAMGCCGGCUCAUCUAUGGACCAGCGUAAUGAUGAAAUGUCAGUWGUACACUUCCGUUAUAGUCACUACCCCCUUUCAUGCUUUGCUGAGCCUAAAUGUGUACAGCGGUUUAAAACAACAAAAGAACAGGUACAGCAYCACGUGACUUGGCAUCGUUGUGAGUUUCCGUAUAUAUGCAUGGCAUGUGUUUACAAAUAUGCACGUCCAGUUUGUCUAAAGACAAAAUUAGAAUUAUUAGAACACGCUAAAGAAAUGGGUCAUAAGUACGAGGAAGUUUUACUCGGAUGACUAUAAUUUCUAUGC